AUGGCUCCCAUGCCACAAGACAGCCUUUUCGGAGCCUUGAAUGUUCCUCAGUAUGAUGAAGUAUUCUCCUUGAUGGCCAGUUUUGCUGCCGAUACUUCGCCCCAGAAGGUCAGCCUUGGAGCGGGAGUGUACAGAGACGACGAGGCCAAGAGCUGGAGGUUAAAUGUUGUGAGAAAGGCUGAAAAACUACUGGGCGAUGACCAAAGUUUCGAUCAUGAGUAUCUUCCAAUUCCAGGAUAUCAGCCGUUCGUGGACGCAGCGAGGGAUGUUAUAUUUGGCACCGACUCCCCGGUCCCCAAGGAGCGUAUCGCCAGCUUGCAAACGAUUUCAGGAACGGGCGCAAACCACAUUGGCGCACGCUUUCUAAAAGAUCACCUCCCUCGUCCAGUGUCACCAUCAUCUUCAUCUGUCACUCCAGUGCGCCAAAUAUGGCUAUCAGAUCCAACAUGGGCAAAUCACCAUUUGAUCUGGGACUUGGUUGAAACAAGCUCUACUGGAAGCCCCCUGAAGACUGUUCUCUAUCCGUACUAUCAUGCCCCAACAAGAUCCUUCGACUUCGACGGGAUGAUGAAGACCCUAGAAUCAGGCGCUCAGAAAGGAGAUAUAAUUCUGCUACAUGCCUGUGCGCAUAACCCUACGGGCCUCGAUCCGACAAGAGCCCAAUGGAUGGAGAUUGCCGAUUUGUGCCAACGGAAGGAGAUAUUCCCAUUUUUCGACUCUGCCUACCAGGGGUUUGCAUCAGGAGAUCUCGAUAAUGACGCUUGGGCUGUCCGGAAGUUUGUUUCCCUUGGAAUGGAGUUGUGUGUAGCCCAGAGCUUUAGCAAGAAUCUCGGGCUGUAUGGCCAACGGGUUGGUGCUUUUCAUCUCGUGUGCAGAACGGAGGAUGCUGCCCGGAGAGCCAGGGGUCAGAUGAUUGAGUUGCAAAGGGGAGAAUUUUCGACCCCACCUGCAUAUGGCGCAAGGGUCGCAGCAACCGUCCUUAGAGAUCCCGCUUGCUUUAUCGAAUGGAAACAGGACCUGGCUAUCAUGAGCAGCAGAAUAAAAGCCAUGCGACAUGCACUGUACGAUGAACUACGCCGUCUAGGUACUCCCGGAAGCUGGGAACAUAUCAUCGCCCAAAUUGGCAUGUUCUCGUACACCGGCUUGACAAAGGAGCAAGUUAGGGCUUUGAGGGAGGACUACCAUAUCUACCUGCUUGAUUCGGGACGAGCGUCGAUCUCUGGGCUGACGACGAAAAAUGUCAAGUACGUCGCCAAAGCAUUUGAUGCGGUGGUGAGAGGUCAGUCAGCCUCACCAACAUCCAAUGGACACGCAGCCUAA